AUGAGCUAUCAGUCGGAUAACGAAGAUUCGUCGAGAAGAGGAUCAAGGUGCAAAUUAAAAAGGGAUCCAUGCGAUCCCAAAAGCACUCAUUGCAUUGGCGAAACGUGUUUCUGUAGAAAAGGCUGCUGCAUUUAUAGAGGCGUAAACAAGUAUAGAAAAAUAAAGGAGAGAGAGGAAAAAUUAAAAUUAAUGAAUAACUCAAAAAGCAAGACUGGUGGAACCUUUCGCAAAUUUGUGGCAAAUUUUUGUGCUCCAGAUGAUGCAAUUGAAAAAAACGAAAGAGAAAGGGAUUGGAUAAAUGAAAAAAAUCGAAUAAAAGAAGAGCAGCAAAAAUUAAAAGAAAAAUUAUUGAAAAUUGAAGAUGAAAAACUGAACGAAUUGGAGAAACAGAAAAGAGUGUGGGAUGAAAAAUAUAACUACCAGAUGAGAGUGUGGAAUGAUUGGACAUUGAUCAAAAAACAAUUGAAAAAUAAGUCUGAUACACCCAAACAGAAACAAAUUUCAAAUCAAACAGAACCUGAUAAUGAAAAUGCUGAGAAAGCUAAGCAGGAUGUUACUGCAAAAAAACUAAAUAAUGGUUUGAAGUCCGAUAAACCAGAAAAAGGUGAAAAUGAUACAGAAAAGCCAUAA